UCGUCUGAAACCGGAUGUAUGGUUUUAACAGUAAAAGUUAAAAAAUCCCGAUCGGAAAAUCCCGACGGUCUAAGCAGACGAUACCAUAAACAGAUUGACGAUGGAGAGAGAUAUAUUUGCGUCUCCAAUUGAACCUCUUUUUAAUCAUGAAUUUGCAAUGGAAACGGAAAUUUUACAAGAUUGGCUGAUAAAUUUGGCUAAGAAAAAUACUUUGUUUAUCAACCAAGCACAUUCAAAACAGGGAUUGUUUAAGCAACUAAAUGCUGUGGAAACCAUUAUGUAUGCAGCUGAAAAGCUGAAGAUAGCCCUGGAGGCAAAAUAUCUGGCCAUUGAGCUUUUUGACAGGUUUUUGUACAAUCACAUUCAGGAUUUGCGGGAUCAUGUCUUAAAAUUACCAAAGAAAAAGCAAAUGAAAGAAUGGCAAAAGAUCCAGGAAGGGGUGUCAAACCAAGUUCUGCUUCGUAUUGUGUCCUGCUGCCAGAUAGCCAGUAAAUUAACAUCACACUAUAAGGCGUUUUUGCUUCAGGUAGUCUCCAUCAACAGAGCCAAACGAUUUCUCAGAGACUGUGGUUACCGUUAUGCAUCAGAAAGUCUUCUUCAGUCAGAGCUAAGAGUGCUGAAGACUCUGAAAUUUCAAGUAACAGAACCAACACCUAUUGUUUAUAUAGAAACUAUGCUCGAAAUAUUAGGUUGCAAUAACACAGAAGCAGAAGUGAAAACCUAUUACUAUGUUGCAACCAAGCUAUUAGACUUGCUGUACUUGAAGUACCAUGCUUUUUACAAGAUUUUGUCUGAAGUUACUUGUUCAUCAAGUAUACAAUCAACAGAGCACAAAAAAAAGUUUCAAAAAGUGAAAGCAGACCAACUUUUGCUUGGAGCAUCUAUAAUAGGUGGUGCAGUUUUCAUGGUACAACAUGACAAAGCUGAUGAGAUGAUUGAAGAGCUGAGCAGGAUCACAAGAAUUUCUCAGAAUGACAUCAUAGACUUCACCUCUGUUUUAAUUCAAUUGGUAGAAGAGGAGUAAAUGCUGUGGUACUUGCAUAUAUAAGCUAGCUUAUAUAGGCCAUAAAAAACCUCAAGAAAACGUUACUUUAAAUAAUCACUGACUAUCAAGCUUAUAUAGUGCUUUUCUUGGGUCCCUAAUGAGCACUUGUUAAAGCUUUGUUACUUUGCAUUGAGUAUGUAUGCCAUAACACCAUUCCACUUUUUUUAUACUGGAAAAUUAUCAUACUACAAGUAUACACUCUGUAUGUGAUAAAUAAUAUUGUGUACAUUCUACUCAUAUAUAUUUUGUGGAAAGUAUCAUAUUUAUUUUGUUUAAGCAUGCAAGACAUGCCAUAUCUCUGUCUGUGAUAUUUUUGAGAUAAAUGUGAUAGUUUACAUGUAUACCUGUAUUUUAUAGUUUCUGUAAUUGCUAAAAGUUCAUUGUACAUUUUAGCUCAACUGAGCUGAAAGCUCAUCUAAGCUUUUCUGAUCAAUUUUGUCAAGUGACUAUCUGAAAACGUUAAAUUUUCAAUAAUGUGUUAAAAAAAAGAUUAAAUAAUGUGUUGAAAAAAAGGACCAGUCCUCCUUCAAAGGGAAGAUAUAAUUAUUUUUAUAAAAAUUAAAACUACUAUAUAUGGUACUUAUAGGGUGUAGUGUAUUUUAGAAGUCAUUCGUAACAUCAAAAUUUUUACAUGACUUUCCUGAUAGAU